CACAGUCAAAAGCUGCGGCUGUAGAUUGCACGUGCACGUGCUGAAUUUUGUGUGUGUGUUUCGUUUGUGCAUUAUAUUUAAGAACUCAAGAAUAUAUGCCUCAAAUGUGUCGUCGUGUGAUAUUUCUACUGAUUUUCGUGAGUGCCUGGCCCUGGCCCCCCGGCAAUGCCUUCGAGGUGCACUUCCAGGAGAGCUAUCCCAGCGAACGUCUGGCCACAGACCAGGAAUCGGAUCUGCACAAGCGAUCGAGCGAUGUGCCACAGUUCUUCGACAAAGCCAGCUUCAGCUUCGAUGGCCUGACCCGUGUGGCAUCCGUGCCAGUUCUUUUUCCCCUCGACAUUUGCAUUCUACAGCUGCCUGCGGUCAAAUACGCGACGGCGCUGCACAAGGAUGUGGCUGGACAGCGACACUUUGCCGUUUACGCCUGGCGCCCGGCGGAGCAGAGCUACGAACUGCUGCUGGAGGUGCCAACGCCCAAGGCUGUGGCUAUGGAUUGCCUGGCCUAUGCUGGACGUGGCUAUGUGGCACUCAGCUAUAAUCUCACGCAGCCAGUGCACUUGGCUCGCGAGGGUUCUCCCAUCUAUGAGCUGUCCCCCGAGACGGGUAUACGGACCGUUCAGUACUUCGGCGGACUGCGGCUGCGGGGAAUGUACUUGAGGAUCAGCAGCCAAGAGCUGACGCUUCUGCAGGCCUUCGACUCGGCGCAGGGCCAAGCGGCAGUGCAGCAGGACUGUCCCUACUUCAAGUGGACGGGCGGAACGUUUCAGCGCCUGGGAGCGAUCCCCUGCAGCAAUGCCCGCCGCAUGGAGGCUUUCGGCAUAGACUAUGCCGACUAUGUGGCCGUGGCCAACUACGCGAAUGCCCAGGGACGAACUGCCACCCGCUCGGACAUCUACAAGUACAAUCCAAAGAGUCGCCGGUUCCAACUCUUUCAGCGGCUGCGCAGCAACGGAGCCGUGGACGUCAAGUACUUUAGUCUCCCGGUGAACGAAGUGAGUCGCAGGCACUUCCUCAUUCUGGGGAACAGCAUCGGAGGUUCUGGCGCCGCAGCGGGCGAGGCCGAUACCGUCAUCUAUGUCUACGAGAAGGGUCAGUUUGUGCCCUAUCAGCGGUUGAGUUUCUAUGCCCUGGAGCGCUUCCUUCCCGUCCAGCACUCCAUAUCGGAGAAGUUUCUGCUUCUGGUGGCGUGCAACAAGCAGGAUGUGAAAAUCUACAACCUGAACGACUGGAAAUUCGAAGAGUCCAAGGUGCAGUUCACCGAAGGUGCCCUGAGUCGGGGCGUGGCCCGCAUGCGCAGCUACGAGGAGCAGCAACAGAGCUACCUAGUGAUUGCCAACGAGAACAUGGCCGCCAAUGAGACUAACAUUUUCCAACCGCUCUACAAGCAGGACGAGCAUGCCAACAUACUCCGCCAGCAGAUAAUCGACUGGGCCCGGGAGCAGCAAAAGCGGCUGGAGCAGAUCAAUGUGGAGCAGCUGUUGCACGGCUUGCAGCAAAGAGCGAAGCAGCGGGAGGAGAUGCUGCUGCGAUCCCUCAUCAAGCGGGUCAAAGCGAAAUCGCUUGUAGAUGAGCAAAUGAAGCUGAGCUCCAACUACUGGGAUGCCUUGCAGUAUGCCAAGCAGGCCUUGGAUGUGAUCGAGCAAGAUGCCACAGCAGCCCGCACCCGACAACCCAUGAAACGAGCUGCUGCCGAACAGCACGAAUUCGAGGAGAUUACUGUGGAUACCCUGGUGGUCUAUGACGGCAUGCAGGCAAGCAGUAUCAAUGGGUUGGAUGCCAAGGAGCCGGUGUACGAAUCGGUGACUGCCAGCAAGGUGUACGUCAGCGAGGAAUACAAAGAACCGGCCGGGGAGAAGCAGAGACCCUUCCUGCAGGAGCUCUCAGUGCAACAACUCCAGCUGGGAGGCACUCUCAACGGCCUCAACUGGACACAGCUUCUGGAGAAGACACUCAAACGGAACAGCGCAGACGUGCAGUUUAUCAAGUCCGCCGCAGACAUCACACAUCUCGGUGCGGAGGCUGUGGUGGUAAACAGCAACGAGAUCAACGACCGCUCCCUGGGCCACCUCAUUCCGGUGGAUGGCGGCGACUUUAUUGUCCAGCAGGAGGUGCAGUUCUCCCAGCCCAUACAAGUGAAUCGUUUGCUCAUCAAUCAACGGCUCAAUCACAUCCACGUGGACCGCCAGCGCUUCGACCUGCUGCUCCGCGAAGCCAAUCACACCCAGGUGAUUGCGGGAUCCAAGCGGCUGGAGAAUCUUCGCGUCAUGGAACCCAUUACCAUUGCGGGCCAACUCCUGGGAGCAGAGCUACGAGCCAUGUCGCCUGUAAAGAUCACCCAUCAAUCGCUGGAACUCCAAGGGGACUUUGUAAUUGAUGGCGAUGUGACGAUUGGAAGGCUGCUGCAGGUGGGGGAUUUGCUUGACGAACCAACAGGGAGGUCGGCUGCAGAGACAUUGAGGCAGGGUCUGCGGCUGGAUCAGACACUCCAGGAUGUGAAUGUGAAGUUUGAGCAACCGCUCGUGGCCAACAACACGGAACUGAGCUUCGUAAAUGCCGAGGAUCUGCAGAAACUGGUCAAGUUGAAUGUGGAGGAAGUGCAGGUAGUGGAGGGCAGUAAGACAUUGCCGCAGGGCCUGGAGAUUAGGGAGGGCUUCGGUGAAGUCAAGUGGCUCAAUGGCAUUGAUGUGCAGAAGCUGCCGGAAGUGCUGCUUACCAAAAGCGGCAACCAGAGCAUCCCGAUUGCGGUUCAGUUACAGGGAUUGGAGUUGAGAGAAGUGAAGGCGCAGCCGCUGGUAAUGAAUGGCUUGGAAUUGGACGACUAUUUGCAGGUAAGCAAGGAGCAGCGCUCGAAUAGCACGCUGUACGUGGACCAGCUGGAUGGCGGGGAGGUGAACCUCGAAGAAUUGCAUAUGAAUGGCAUGCUCUUUGGCCAGCCACUGGCCUCCAUCUACUCACAUGGCAGUCAAUCUUUGGACGGCUGGAAACUGCCGGCCAAUUUCAAUGGCAGCAUUCGCGCCCGAAAUGUGUGGCUCAAGGGCAGCAUUAACCAAGUCAAUGUGGCCCAGUUGGAGCAGCAGCUACAGCAGCUGGCUGGCAACAUCAAGUAUGUGGGUGACUUCAGCUUCAAGCAUGCGGUAAACAUAAGCAGUCUCAGCUUUGGCCACUCCCUGAAUGGCAUCCAAGCCGCUCAGUUCGGUGGCAACUGGCUGGAGGCCAGCGGAGACCAGAAUUUCACAGCUCCGCAGGUGCUGGCCGCGCUGGAGAGCACCGGGGGUGUGCUGCUCCAGGGAAAGCUGAACAAUUACACCCUGGAAGAUUUGGUGAGCCGCAGCUACAGGCUGAAUGCAUCGGAGCAUCUGCAAUCAGUGCGAUUUGAGAAUCCCAUUGUACUGCAAUCGGAGCUGAUGGUUGGCCGCGUGAACGGCUUGCGUGUGCCCGAGGACAUGCUGUACACAGAUGCCGGAGGCUUCUUGUCGGCACCGGUUACCAUCAAUGGUAACCUGGAGGUGGCAGAGCUGUGCAACCUGACCAGACUGAAUGGCUAUCAUCUGGCGGCGCUGGACAAGUACCUGAACGGGGAGCCAUACGACACUUUCCAUGCGGAGAGUGUGAAGUUUGAGCGGCCGCCCACUUACAAUUAUCUAAACGGUCACCAGCUGCAGCAGCUGUUGGAUCAAGUCUGGCUGGACAGCGAGCGAAUUGAGCUGGGUGGCACGGAGCAGAAGCUGGAGUUUGCCUCCACCGCUUUCGAGGGUCUUCUGGACUUCCGAGGCCCCAUUAAUGGCUUCCAGGUGGACCACAUCAAGCGGAACUACUUCAGUCGGACGCGCAGCCAGCAAGUCAGCGCUCCGUUGGACUUCAGCCAUGACGUCACUUUCGCACAGCCUCUGACAGCACGCGUGGUAACGCUACGUGGCAGCGUCAGCAAUGGAAACGACGCACUUGUUGAGAGCAUGGGUACUCAAUCUUUCAGCAACUUCUCGCUGGAUUUCGAUGAUUUUGUGGCAAACACAUUAAAAACCGCCGGAGUGCAUAAGAUCACUGGCCAUUGGACCCUACCGGACGCCUAUGUGGAAGGCAAUCUAAAUAAUGUGCUAAUAAAUCAGCUAAAUUUAGUUGACGACGUCCUACGUAUAAGCGAAAAUAAUGUCAGCUCCCAAACCACGAUCAUAAAUGCCCUGAAAACGGUUGACAGGGCCACUAUCAGUCGUCUGUAUGCUAGUGCCACAAGCCUGGUGGCCAAUGUUUCCAUAGCGACGUGGAUAAAUGAUGCUGUUUACAUUUACGGGAACCACAGCAUUGCGGGUACAACCCGCCUGCUGAAUGUCAACUUAUAUAACGACCUUGCCGUUGAGGGACCUGUGAAUGGCAUCCAUUGGCAGCCAGACAAAUUGUUACUGCGGGACAGGGAUCAGUACGUGCCGGGAUCACUGCUGGUGGACAACAGUUUGCCCGAACAGCAGCAGAUCCUCAGCAAUAACAUUGAAAGUCUCUGGGUAGAAUAUGUCAAUGGUCUGUCCGUGAACGAGGUGCUGGAGAACAAAGCCCGCAAUCGGCCCAAUCUGCAUGUGGAGAGCCAGUUGAUCUUCGCUCAGCCGCUGACCGUGGACAAAUACGAGCUGGUCACUGGCAAUGGCAACUCGGAGCCUGCCUAUAAAUCUAAACGUGGCGUGGAUAUGAAUGCGCUGGAGGAUUGGCAGCAGCUGCAACAAAAUGUAGCAGCAGUGCAGCAUCGACUGGAGGAGCCUCCGAAGGUGUUGGAGAACUUUUUCGUGCUGCAGCAGCUGCCCCAUAAAGGAGUUUCCCGCAUGGAGACACUGACGACGGGAAAUGACGAUGUUCUGGCCAUAUGGCAGGGUCCGGAGAGGGUUGACUACUACUCGUUGGAACCAGAAGAGCACAUCUUUAGGCACAGGCACAGGCUGAAUACAAGCUUAUCAACACUGUUACAGCCCAACAACAAUACGCAUUCGGACGUAUUUAGCGGGGAUUCAUGGAUGACCAACAAAAAACUGGAGUUUGGCCUAGGAACGAUUCAGUGCCAGGCAGUGCAAGGAAUCAACGAACUAAUCGUCAAAUGCCUCGAUAUUAGUGGCACCAGCAGGCAAGCCGUUGUGGACAGGUGGGAUGCGAAACAGCUGCUGGCCGUGGCAGCCACCAAUGAAUCGCCGGUUUUGCUGCUAACUUCAAAAGCCGUGGAGCUUUGGAAAAUUAGUGAGAGACAAAAUUACACUUUAGUUCGUCGGCUGCUGGAUGUAAAGGCAGAGCAAAUGGCGCUGAUCCGGCGUGGCUUGGGCAUGCAAAGCAGCUAUGUGGCUUUUCUCACGUCGUCGCCGGCAGCAGACAUUAGGAUUUACAGCUUUAGCAGCGAAGAUAUGAGCGACUUUCAACUGGACCAAGUUCUGGAACUGCGAGAUUCCCAUCAGUCGCGUGAAAUUCGCUUCAUGCAUCUGCCUGAAUCGGACGACCUGCUGCUCUGCGUGUCCAAUGCCUUGCCCGAGCAGCCGCUCACAAUCUACCAGCAUCAAGGCGCAGCGGGAUUCCAGAAAAUCCUUGGCGACAGCGCCUUGCCAGAAGUGCAGUUGUUGGAGGUGCUGCAGCUUCCCCACAAACAACGUCACUUAAUAGCACUGGCCACUAGCAAUGCCGUGUACUUGGUGCAGCCGCAGAUUAAUCCACUUUGAAAUCACAGUUUAGUCACAUUUUGUUAACACUUGUUUUUGUUUUUCUCUAAAUAAAAAUUUACUUUUUAUUAAC